AUGUCUGAAUCAAAAACCCUUAGAUUAGGAUCUACUGCUCCAGAUUUCCAAGCUGAAACUUCCAAUGGACCAAUUUCAUUCCAUGACUACAUUGGUGAUUCAUGGGCUGUUUUAUUCAGUCACCCAGAUGACUUUACUCCUGUUUGUACUACUGAAUUGGGUGCUUUUGCUAAAUUGGAACCAGAAUUUGCCAAGAGAAAUGUUAAAUUGAUUGGUUUAUCAGCAAACAAUUCUGAUUCGCACAAGGCUUGGAUUAAGGAUAUUGAUGAGGUUACUGGUUCAAAAUUGAGUUUCCCAAUUAUUGCUGAUCCAGAAAGAAAAAUUGCUCAUUUAUAUGAUAUGAUUGAUUACCAAGAUGCUACCAAUGUUGAUGAUAAAGGUGUUCAAUUUACUAUUAGAUCAGUUUUUGUUAUUGACCCAAAAAAGAAGAUUCGUUUGACUUUGGCUUACCCAGCUAGUACUGGUAGAAACACUGCUGAAGUUUUAAGAGUUGUUGAUUCUUUGCAAACUGGUGAUAAAUAUAGAGUUACUACUCCAAUUAACUGGGUCCCAGGUGAUGAUGUUAUUGUUCAUCCAUCUGUCUCAAAUGAGGAAGCAAAGACUCUCUUUCCAAAGUUUAGAAUUAUCAAACCAUACUUGAGAUUGACUCCAUUGGAUACUAAAGAAUCUAAAUAA